AAUUAUUUAAAAAUGGCAUCUUAAUCAAUAAAUUUUCAAUCUAUAUUUCUUAUUUGCGUUUGGAUUAUAUAUAUUUCAUCAUUAAUCAGGAAAAGAAAAAUUAAAUUCUAUAUGUAGGGAAUGUGCCAGAAUAAGUAACUUGAUAUUCCCCAUUGUAUUUACUGCGCAUCCAACUGCGUCAUUCAUUUUCCACAUUUCCAAUUAAUCAAGUGAAAUGUUUCAUACGCGUUUUAUUUAAUGUCAACACCUCAUAAGAACGUAUUGAAAGUGACAGCUGACGAAUGUAAUAAAUUUUCGCAUCCUCGAUUGUCUACAUAUUUGUACUUUACGAUUUACGUUUUCGUAUACAAAAGUAAUAGCAACGGAGAAUCGCAUAUAUUCUGUUAAUACAAAAAUUAUAUUAGAGCAAUUUUGCUCUAUAAAAAUUGAUCAUGGAACAAAUGAUCGCAUUGAGUACACAAAAUCCAUUAUCAUUAUUGGUUAAAUUUGGAAUGAUGGCUUGGAACAACAGUUGCGGAAUUGAAAAUUGUUCGGGACAUGGUGAAUGCCAUAAUGGCACUUGCUUAUGUGAAAUCCAAUUCGAUGGACCUGAAUGCCAUGUACCAAACCUAAGUUAUUAUAUAGCAUUUGCAUCUAUUUUCUUUAUAUUGGCAUUCGUAUGUCUUAUUCAACUUGUGAUGUGUAUUAUUGCUGAAUGGAAAAAGAUGAAGGCACCUUCAUUUCUGAGAGCUUGCCGAGUUACUACUCAAAAAGUAUUAUAUUUUGUAGUUUUUCUUGCAUCAGUAAUACGUGGAGCAUACUUUACUUCUCCGACUGCAUUCAAAGAAGGUUGGUCAAGAAGUUUGUUAUCAGCAUAUUAUCCACUUUUAUUAAGUGGUUCAUCCUUAAUUGUAUGUUUUUGGGCUGAAGUUUUCCACCUGAGAGAUGUUCAAUGGGAUAAACCGCAAUUUUUAUCAAAAUCUUUUUUAGCAUUUGUUGUAUUUAAUAUAAUAACAUAUUCAUUAUUAUUAGCCGAAUUUGUCAUUGCACAAAUAAAUUCUCAAGAAGAUCAAAACAUUUUCCAGAGCUAUUAUACACACAUUUUUAAUGGAUGCUAUGCAGUACUUUUAUUCAUUGUUGUCAUAUUUUUUUUGAUAUAUGGAGUGGAAGUAUACUUUAAGGUUCGAGGUGGAUUUUUAAAUGAGUACCAGGUUGCUUCUAUUGCAACAAAUAUACGUACUCCAGAUGAAUCAAAGUUAUUAAAUGAAGAUCAAGUUACAGCUAAAUUAUUCGAUUCUCAACCAUCUACAUCUGAUAUUUUACACAUGCAACAACAAGUGAAUACUUCUCAAUUACAUCAAUCUAGAUUUGGUUUAUUAUCUCAAGCAUUCAUGUUGUUUAUCGUGGUUGGAUUUUUAUUUAGUGAAACACUCAGCGAAUUUUGGAAAACAAAAGUUCCCUUAUAUAGCAGAAAUUGGCAUGAUGUUGUGUUUCGUGUAAUAGAAGUUGGUGUAGCAUUAUGGUUUCCUUGUGUUUUAUGGAAUUGUAUGAGUCCUGAACAAUUAUGGAUUUUAAAUCCAAAACGAAUUUUGAAAAGGCUAGAUCUUGAUCAAACAAAACAUAUGAAAGAAAUUGAAUUGCAAGAUAAGUGUUCAGCACAAGAAUCUGCUAUACUUACUGAUGGAACAUCAAUCAAUAGUAAAGAUUGUUGGAUAUGUUAUGACAAUGACAGACACGAUGUUGGUCCAUUGAUACAGCCGUGUCAAUGUAGAGGCGAUGUAAGUGCAGUCCAUCAUGAUUGCUUGCGUAGAUGGCUUGUUGAGAGUUCAGUUAAUGCAGAUAGUCUUACUUGCAAGAUAUGUGGUACCAAUUAUAAUGUGGAACAUGCUACCCGUUUGGAUUGGCAAAAUAGUUUAACAACGAAACAUUGCCUUCAAACUAUUGCAAUUGUUACUACAAUGUGUGCAUCUUCUGCAGCUGCAUGGACAGUUAUACAACUUGUAGAAGGUCCCAUUAUUAGGAUGCUUGCAGCUGGUGCUGCUCUGUUGAUAAUGUAUGUUUGUAUAAGAUUUUUGAGUUUGAACACAGUGGUGGCUUAUCAACGUGCCAAAAUUUUAUCAUUAAACAUUGUAAAUUCUGAUAAUAGUGGAACAGCAACACAUGUUGCCACAAUCAGUCAUACUGUUUCUGUAGAUUUAACAAAAGCAGAACCUGCUAUGAUAUAGGUAGCAUGGCAUAUCAAGCAAUAGGAACAUAGGAUCUGGAAUAAAUAAAAAAUUAAUGAUUGCAAAGGCAGUAUAGAAAUUCUAAGGUAAUAGUAGUAGAGCUAUCAGAUACAUGUAAAUAAUAAGUAAAAUGAUAGUCAAAUGUG